AUGGAGGAGGUGCGUUCCUCUUGGAAUCACCCAGCCACAACGCUGGCGCAAUUGAGACAUGAUUCUCCUCUGGCCUUGCUAGAGGGUACAGACAAAUUGGGCCUGGCCAGGUUUCCCUCUGUGGACUCCACCAUCGCAGCCUUGACCCUGGUGCUACUGCUCUGUGAACCUGACAACCUCUUUGACUCCCGACGGCAGGCUGCUCAGGUCUGUUAUGAAAGGCUGGGGUGCUUCGUAGACACUGUGCCGUGGGCUGGGACUCUACAGAGGCCUCUUGGCAAACUGCCUUGGCCUCCAGAAAGAAUCAACACCAACUUUAUUCUCUACACCAAGCAAAACCCCAACACCUCCCAGAAAAUAUCAGCACUAAAUCCAUCAUCCAUUUUGACAUCAAACUACAAAGGAAACAAAACCACCCGCUUCAUUGUCCACGGUUUUAUUGACAAAGGAGAUGAAAACUGGCUCAAGGACAUGUGCAAGCUGAUGAUGCAAAUAGAAGAUGUGAACUGUAUCUGUGUCGACUGGCAAGGAGGGUCGAGAACUGGCUACAUUCAAAGUUCCAAUAACAUCCGAGUCGUCGCGGCGGAAAUUGUGUACUUGAUCAAAUACUUACAGAGCAACUACAACCAGGCACCUGCUGAUUUCCAUGUUAUUGGCCAUAGUUUAGGGGCCCACUGUGCUGGAGAGGUUGGCAGGAAAAUCAAAGGUCUGGGAAGAAUAACAGGCCUAGACCCUGCAGCGCCUUACUUUCAGAACACAGAUAAUUUAGUCCGAUUGGAUGCUAGUGACGCAGUUUUUGUUGAUGUCAUCCAUACCGAUUCUGCACCCAUGUUCCCUUAUUUUGGAUUGGGAAUACCCCAAGCUGUUGGACACCUUGACUUCUAUCCAAAUGGAGGAGAACGCAUGCCUGGAUGUAAUAAGAAUAUUAUUUCACAAAUGCAUUUGAAUGGCAUAUGGAAAGGAACCCGGGAUUUUGUGGCCUGCAAUCACCUGAGAUCUUAUAAAUAUUACACCGACAGCAUCUUAAACCCAGAUGGCUUUGUUGGAUACAAAUGUAAUUCAACGGGGGAUUUUGUGGCUGGAAAGUGUUUCCCGUGCCCCGUUGGAGGCUGUCCUGUGAUGGGUCACCACUCUCCUACAUUCAAGGUACCCGCUGGCGUUGAAAACAUGAAGUUCUAUCUGAACACCGGCGAUGUCAGGCCGUUCAUGCGCUGGCGCUACAAGGUUACAGUAACUCUAACCGGGGACCAAGGUGUGUCAGGCACUCUGAAAGUGUCCUUGUUUGGGACAAAGGGAAACACGAGACAGCAUGAAAUCGCCAAAACAAAACUCAAACCUGGAAGCACAUACAGUGCCUACAUCGAUACAGAGGUGGAUGUUGGAGAAGUUCAAAAAGUGAAGUUCAUUUGGGAUAACAAUCAAAUCAACCCUCUCCUGCCGAAGCUUGGAGCACAAGUAUUGGUCUUGCAGCGCGGAAAGGACAGACAGGUACUGCAGUUCUGUGGGAGUGGGUCGGUCCGUGAAGAGGUCCUGCAGACCCUAGCUCUAUGCUAA